AUGACUGACGCAACUCCAGCUCCCGUUGUCCAGAAGGUAAAGAAGGUCACCAAGCCUAAGAAGCCAGCCGAACACCCGAAAUACAGCGAAAUGGUGGUAGCCGCUCUCAAGGAUCUAAAAGAGAGAGGUGGAUCAUCUAGGAGCAAGAUCUUGAAGUACAUCGUCACCAACUACAAAGUGGGAGACGAGAAGACCGUUAACACACACCUGAAGCUUGCCCUGAAAAGUGGCGUCAAGUCUGGUAUGUUGAAACAGACUAAGGGUACCGGUGCCACAGGAUCUUUUAAGCUGGGUGGAGUCGUCAAGAAAGCCCCGGCUAAGCCAAAGAAACCUGCCAUCAAGAAACCAGCUGCCAAAAAGCCAGCUACUAAGAAGACAAAAUCGCCAAAGAAAGUCACAAAGAAACCAGCGGCCAAGAAAACAAAAUCUCCGACCAAGAAAGUCACGAAGAAGACGAAAUCCCCGAAAAAGGUUACCAAGAAGCCGGCCUCUAAAAAGCCAACGAAAUCUCCGAAGAAAGCCGCAGCUAAAAAACCCGCUGCCAAGAAACCAGCAGCGAAAAAGCCUUCAACCAAGAAGACAAAGGCUUGA